AUGCCCGUCCCUUUUGAGGCUCUUCUUCCCUAUGCCAUCAUGAUUGGUAUGUUCGGUAUCUCUGGUACUGGUCUUGCUGUCGUCAAGAACUGGCAGAACGAGGGCAAACGACCUCGUUACUCCGUGGAUCAAUGGGAUAGAGUAAGUUACGGGCAUUCGAUAGUAUCAUAUCGCCAGUACUAA